AUGCCGAUAACAUCGUUAGAACGUGGAAGACGGUCAACCGAACGCGAUACCAACCCUGGCCAAAUCCCUCUCGUGUCGCUGGCGCCAUCCUCGACUCAGCGGCGGAAGAAACAGUGGGCAACGAGAGCAAAAACGGGCUGUCUUGGCUGCCGGAUACGCCGCUUGUGGGCGGAGAAUGAAGGCACAACAAAGUACCGACGAGGGCUUUAUGAACUUCAACUGGCCACGUAUGCAAGUUCGGGGCCCUGGUACAAUCAAUCAUUUUUCACUGGUCCUGUACCCGUGUGGCUUAUCCCUGAAGGAUGGGCGGCUUUUGAAGCUGUGCAUUUCUGUAACACCGUGGUGCAGAGAGAUCAGCGAGACACCGAUCUCGCAGAAAGCACCCACAGGGCACUGUGUCGGACGCAGCCGUAUAAUCCAUCCAAUGAUAUCAUUAUUGCCAAUUCGCUCUGUAUGCGACUCUCACAUAUUGCUGGGGUCGAAAAUACCCUGCCGAAGCCGACGCCAUCAUCAGUGCAUCUCUGGGUCCGGCUCGGGCAUCUAUUGAGCAGUUCAGUUAGAACCCUCAGCCGGCAAGUGACCGACAUAGAAAAUGUUGUGGAAAACAAAGUCCUCCAGAGGAUUUGUGACAUGACAGGAAUCGAAGAGUAUCUCAACCUAGCUGGCGGAAGAGCUCAUCUUCGCGGGUUCCUAGGUAUUCUCCGGCUUUGUGGAACACCAAUGAAUCUUGCAAAGAGGCAGGUCGGCCUCGGCAAUGCGAUUCAUUGCAUGACACUUUGCGGCGUGCUCUCGAACACAGUUACCAGUUACGCUGCCAAGCUUGACGAGAUAUACGCCUUUAGUGAUAAAGAGCUGAAAGACAUGUACUGUUUUACGCUGGAGAAUAACUUUCCUUGCCCGAGCUUUCUCUGGGCCCAGAUCCUCGAAAUUUCGCGACUUAGGACCAUGGCGCACACAGGCUCGGGUGGCAUGAUUGUGAUGCGACAUGCGCAAAGGAUUUCCGCGCAGGUCGAAGCGUUCUCUGCAGAUACUUGGCAAGAAUCAUACAGCUUUCUUGGCGGAGGUCCUAAGCAGGCAAUCAACACCAUCUGGACUAACUGCGACACGGAAAGCGCCGAUCUUGGCGGAGGCAAUCAGAUUGCCAUCCAACCUGGCUUCCACACAAGCAACAGCCAACAGCGCGCUGAGUUGUUGGUGAAAUUAACGCUCUAA